AUGGAUAAAUACGACGUGAUUAAAGUCAUUGGGGAAGGUGCCUUCGGGAAAGCAUACUUGGCCACAGGGAAAUCUGACAGCCAGCACUGUGUUAUAAAAGAGAUCAAUUUUGGAAAGAUGCCCAUCCAAGAAAAAGAAGCUUCCAAGAAAGAAGUCAUUCUUCUGGCAAAGAUGAAACAUCCUAACAUUGUGACCUUCUUCAGUUCAUUUCAAGAGAACAACAGGCUGUUCAUUGUGAUGGAGUAUUGUGACGGAGGGGACCUCAUGAGAAGAAUCAGCAGACAACGGGGAGUGUUAUUUAGUGAAGACCAGAUUCUGAGCUGGUUUGUGCAGGUUUCUCUAGGACUAAAACAUAUUCACGACAGGAAGAUCUUACACAGGGACAUAAAAACACAGAACAUCUUUCUUAGCAAGAAUGGAAUGGUUGCAAAGCUUGGGGACUUUGGCAUAGCAAGAGUCCUGAACAGUUCCAUGGAACUUGCUCAGACUUGUGUUGGGACGCCUUACUACCUGUCUCCAGAGAUCUGCCAGAAUAAACCCUACAACAAUAAAACGGAUAUUUGGUCUCUUGGUUGUGUUUUAUAUGAGCUCUGCACACUCAAGCAUCCUUUUGAGGGUCACAACUUGCACCAGCUGGUUCUGAGGAUUUGUCAGGCCCGCGUUGCUCCAGUCUCGCCGAGGUUUUCCCGGGAGCUUCAGUCCUUGAUAUCACAGCUCUUUAAAGUAUCUCCCCGAGAUCGGCCGUCUAUUAAUUCGAUUUUGAAGAGGCCCUUUUUAGAGAAUCUUAUUGCCAAAUACUUGACUCCUGAGGUCAUUCAGGAAGAAUUCAGUCACACCCUCCCACACAGAGCAAGAGCAUCAGCUUUUCACUCUGCGGGGAAGGCGGUCGAAGAUUCUAAGAUACAGAGAAAGAGAUUCCGGGGGAAGUGCCUACCAAGACCAAGAAUAUCGGUGCCAGUGAAGAGGGAGGCUAGAGUAUACAGAAACGAAUGGAGGCCGCCAGCUGGAAGCCCGAAGCCCAUCCCUAUAAAAAUGGUAGAAAGGCCCAAACCUGCUAAAGUGUGUGGCCAUUAUGACUAUUACUAUGCUCAACUUGACUUGUUGAGGAAGAGAGACCAUGAGCCGAGUUACCAUUGUGUUCCUCAGAAAAAGACCGGAGUUAAGGAGAAUUAUUGCCAGGAAGAAAGCCACCAUCCGUCCGCAGGUCAAUGGCCUGCUGAAUUCCUUCAAAGGAAAUUUGAAGCUCAGCAAUACAAGUUGAAAGUAGAAAAGCAAUUGGGCCUUCGUCCAUCUUCUGCUGAGCGGAGUCACAACAAGAGACAAGAGCUGAGAAGUAAUGGAGAAGAACCUAGAGCCCGGGAGCUGCUGUUCAGGAGAAACAAAGUGAAGGAGCAGGAAUACUGGCUGCAGUUAGAGGACAUACGCCAACAGUAUCACAACGACAUGAAGGAAAUCCGAAAGAAGCUGGGGAGUGAGCGGGAGGAAGACUCGAAGAUAAGUCACAAAACCUAUGUGGUAAAGAAGAGUGACCUGCCCGUCCGCCACGGUGCACCUGAUGGAGACGCCCCUGUGCAGGGUAUUGAAAGAGACUUGAAACAAAUUAAACUUCAGAACAUAAAGGAAAGUAAAAAUGCAGAACAAAAAGGUAAAGCUAAGAGAGGGGUAAAAUUUGAAAUUAAUUUAGACGAAUGUAUUUCAGAUGAAAAUACUCUCAAAGAGGAAGAGGCCACGGACGUACUAAAUGAAACUUUGACCUUUGAGGAUGGCAUGAAGUUCAAGGAAAAUGAAGGCAUAAAGGAGUGUGAGGAUCAUGCAGAGGAAGCAUUUGAAAAACACUGCUGCUCGGAAGCAGGUACGCCAACCUGAAAAGCUGUAGAAAACAGGAGACAGUGGGAUGCUAGAGCCCCUCAGCCUCGGCCGCAGAUGGUGGCAGUGGCCGAUGUCACCUCCCCCUGCUGCACCAGGCCUGACGCCUCCUCCUCGGGCGGCCAAGCGCUGGCAAUCAACAGUGGUCCCGAAAAUAGGAAGCAGUGGCGGCGGGAAGCUCCAGGGACUUUAAUGGGCGUUUGGGCAGCAGCUCAGCUAACGAGCAGCUCAUUUCCUGCCAGUGAAGGAGAAUUUGUGGGAACAUUAGAACAAUGGCCUCCUAAAGAAAAUGCGCAGGAGGCAGAAAUGGCUUCUGACCUUGAAGUAGAUGAGGACCACCUGGAGCCGACAUCUGAUGAUGAUGGUGAUGAUACAAAUUUUGAAGAAUCUGAAGACGAGUUGAGAAAUGAAGUCGUCGAAUCCCUGGAGAAACUCACUGCUCUCGAAGUGGAGGACAAAAGGGAAGAAGCUUCCAGUUCCUCUACAGACACUGAGAUUAGGAGAAGGGGGAAGAGCAAGCAGAAAUGGACAGAAUUAAAUGAAGGUGUGGAGGCCAUUUCUACUCCACCCAAUGGGAAAAUUUUUGUUGUUGAUGAAGACCAAGGAACAUCAACAACCAGUCAAAACAUACAAGUGUGA